AAAAAUCAUACGCGGAUAUGUUUAGUAAAGGAAGUAAAUUUUAUCCUCCCACCAUAUCAUUUACAGAUAGUGGAUUAAAAGAUCUGUCAAUAAUUCAAAUUAACAACAAUUACAAAGGACAUUAUUGA